ACGGCCUCCAAAGCGAAGAUAUCGAAGCCACAGCUUCGCUUCGUUAGCAUUUUGCGAGCGGCAAAGUGAUUUAAUUGUCCUCGUGCGAAUGUCUAGACAGAAUUAAUCCUCGAAUAAUAUGAAGAAAGCCAAGCCGCUGCUGCACGACCAUCUUAUAACGAUCCGAGUAAAGAAGUAUCUGGAGGAGCACAUCGGGGAAACCUACCUGGAUGUGAAGCAGAUGACCAGGGAGUUGAUGCAAAAGUAUCCGGAAUAUUCACGUCGCAAAUUCGGACCAUUCAGACAGCUGGUGCACCAAGCAUUCUCGAUCAUUUCGGAAAGCUACAACUUGGACAAGGUAAGCAGUUCCGAGGAAGAUUGUGUUAGCGAGGAUUCCGAGGCACCACCCACGAAUAGUGUAAUGAACAAUAUGAUGAACAGCCUGUACAGUCAACCAAGAAAGCCGCUGGCGCCCAAGCCAAUCAGCGAGCCCAUCGAUAUAUCCAGUGGAGACGAGAACGAAGAUGACUCCAAUACAAACACCACCAACGGAGAUGGAGGAGCUGCUGCUGCUGCUCCUCCUCCUAAUCCAGCAGUGCAGGGCAGCGCUUUGAAACGCCUGAUGCAGGACGUGCCGGAGAUCGCAGUGGCUGCAAAGAAAGUAGCUAAACCGAAUACUAUUCACGCCGGCAGUGCGGAUACCAUUCAAAAGCUGCACCAAGUUGUGGGCAAUAGGGCGAAAAAUCUUUCAGAGGACGCCGUACCGCGUUCCAAAGAUCACCGUAAUGUGCCUGGCUUAUAUCAGCAGUUGCACCAAAACCCAAGUCGCGAUCGCCUCCGGAAGUUCAAAAGGGAUCUGGAGGUGCAGCACCCCACGGAAAGUUUCCGGGACAUUGGUGGCAUGGAUAGCACUCUAAAGGAGCUGUGUGAAAUGCUGAUCCAUAUCAAGUCGCCGGAGUUCUACUUUCAAUUGGGACUAUUGCCUUCGAGAGGUUUAUUGCUGCAUGGACCGCCAGGCUGUGGCAAAACCUUUCUUGCUCGUGCCAUUAGCGGGCAACUAAAAAUGCCUCUGAUGGAAAUUCCAGCCACGGAACUAAUUGGUGGCAUCUCUGGUGAGUCGGAAGAGCGGAUUCGCGAGGUCUUUGAUCAGGCCAUUGGCUACUCGCCUUGUGUGCUUUUCAUCGAUGAGAUCGACGCCAUCGGAGGAAAUCGUCAGUGGGCGUCCAAGGAUAUGGAACGUCGCAUUGUUUCGCAGCUGAUAAGCAGCCUGGACAACCUGAAGGCCAAUGAGUUUGGCCAAUCAGUUGUCGUCAUAGCGGCCACCACGCGUCCCGAUGUCCUGGACCCUGGACUUCGUCGCAUCGGUCGCUUCGAUCACGAAAUUGCCAUACACAUCCCGUCGCGGAAGGAGCGUCGUGAAAUCUUACGCAUCCAGUGCGAAGGCUUGUCCGUCGAUCCCAAACUAAAUUAUGAUAAGAUUGCAGAGCUAACACCGGGAUAUGUCGGUGCUGAUCUGAUGGCUCUCGUCAGCCGGGCAGCUUCUGUGGCCGUAAAGCGUAGGUCCAUGAAGAAGUUCCGUGAACUGCACGCUGCCAGUGAGAAGAACAUGACAACGGUCACUUUGGAUGACGACGAGCCCAGCGAGGACGCAGAUGAACCAACAACUGUGGCUGACUCAAAAGAUAAAGAAGAAACUGCAAAAGAUGCAGAGGCAGAAGAAAAAGAAGAUGGUGACAAGGAAACAUCUGAUAAGGAUAAAUCAGAAGGCGACUCGCCCAAAAUUGAAACCCCCAAGAAAGCGACCAACGGCAAAUCAUUGAUGAAGUCGCCGAAGAAAACACCGAAGAAAUCAGCGGAGCAACCAACGGACGCAGCCAUGGAUGUGGACGAAGUCGCUCCCGAGGCGCCGAAAAAAGCCGUUGAGCAGGAGGUGGAUUCCUCCUCCUCCAACGACGAGUACUAUGAACCCACGCUGGCCGAGCUGACCAAUUUUCUUGACAACCCCCCCGAGGAGUUCGCCGACCCAAACUUCUGCCUCACUCUCAUCGAUUUCGUAGAUGCCAUUAAGGUGAUGCAGCCUUCGGCCAAGCGCGAGGGCUUUAUAACAGUGCCAGACACCACGUGGGAUGACAUUGGUGCCCUAGAGAAAAUUCGCGAAGAGCUCAAGUUGGCUGUCUUGGCACCAGUUAAGUAUCCAGAAAUGCUGGAACGUCUUGGGCUGACAGCUCCGUCAGGUGUUCUGCUAUGCGGUCCGCCGGGGUGCGGCAAAACACUUUUGGCCAAGGCUAUUGCCAAUGAGGCUGGCAUCAAUUUCAUAUCGGUGAAGGGCCCCGAGCUUAUGAACAUGUAUGUCGGCGAGAGCGAACGCGCUGUCCGUGCCUGUUUCCAACGUGCCCGUAACUCUGCACCCUGCGUCAUCUUCUUCGACGAGUUCGACUCCUUGUGUCCCAAGCGAUCGGAUGGUGGCGAUGGUAACAAUUCGGGCACUCGUAUCGUUAACCAACUGCUGACCGAAAUGGAUGGCGUCGAGGAGCGUAAGGGUGUGUACAUAUUGGCGGCCACCAACAGACCUGAUAUCAUUGAUCCGGCCAUCCUGCGACCGGGUCGCCUGGACACCAUUUUGUACGUGGGUUUCCCCGAGCAGAGCGAACGUACCGAGAUUUUGAAGGCCACCACAAAGAACGGAAAGCGUCCGCUUCUGGCCGACGAUGUGGAUCUCGAUGAAAUUGCUGCCCAAACCGAGGGCUAUACUGGCGCAGAUUUGGCAGGAUUGGUCAAGCAGGCCUCCAUGUUCUCCCUGCGUCAAUCUCUAAACAACGGCGACACAAAUCUCGACGAUCUGUGCGUACGCAGCCAGCAUUUCAAGGAAGCUUUGCAGCAGCUUCGGCCCUCCGUUAACGAACAGGACCGCAAAAUAUACGAUAAACUGCGCCUGAAAUAUGCUGCACCUAGGGUACCCAGCCCAAAUGAUAAGUAAACCGAUCAACAAUAUUGAGUUUGUUGUUUUAGCACCAUCGCGAACCAAUUUAAUUGUAAAUUGCGAAAUGUUACCCAGAAAAAACAAUUUAACCUACCAUGUGAAAUGUA